AUGGUGCGGCGCCGGCUCUGCCUCCUCCGCUUCCUCCUCUUCCAGCACAGCGUGGGUCACCUCGGCUUCGUGGUGUUCCUGACACCCCACUGGCAGCCCCCGGUGAUGCGCGAACAGCCUGAGAAAAAUCAAUGCUUACAUCUGUCUUGCUUUUUUCUUGUAGGGGGAUAUGAGACUUUCCACUCAGAAUAUCCUGAGUGUUGUGUGGAUGUAAAACCCAUUUCACAAGAGAAGGUUGAAACCGAGAGAGCCCUCAUCAGUCAGAGUGGGAAACCAGUGCUCAACAUCAGUUACAGGCCGGCUUACGACCAGGGCGGCCCGGUCGAAAUCCUUCCAUUCCUCUACCUUGGAAGUGCCUACCAUGCAUCCGAGUGCGAGUUCCUUGCCAACCUGCACAUCACGGCCCUGCUGAAUGUCUCACGGCGAACCUCCGAGGCCUGCACGACCCACCUACACUACAAAUGGAUCCCUGUGGAAGACAGCCACACAGCUGACAUCAGCUCCCACUUUCAAGAAGCAAUAGACUUCAUCGACUGUGUCAGGGAAGAGGGAGGUAAGGUCCUGGUCCACUGUGAGGCUGGGAUCUCCCGCUCGCCCACCAUCUGCAUGGCUUACCUCAUGAAGACCAAGCAGUUCCGCCUGAAGGACGCCUUUGAUUACAUCAAGCAGAGGAGGAGUGUGAUCUCGCCCAACUUCGGCUUCAUGGGCCAGCUCCUGCAGUAUGAGUCUGAGAUCUUGCCUUCCACGCCUACUCCCCAGGCUCCCUCCUGCCAAGGGGAGGCAGCCGGCCCUUCGUUCAUAGCCCAUUUGCAGACACUGAGCCCCGACGUGCAGGGUUCGUACUGCACAUUCCCUACCUCGGUGCUGGCACCAGUGCCCACCCACUCGACGGUCUCAGAGCUCAGCCGGAGCCCCAUGGCCACAGCCACAUCCUGCUAAAACCGGGAUAGAGGAGCCAGUCCAGCCCCACGAACAACUGUGAUUUUGUAUUUUGACUCAUUGACAUUUCAUACCUGUGCAAUACUGAAGACCUCACUCUGUCCCGCUGCCCCGAUGGGACAAUGAGUGGUCACCAGGUUUGCAAACAAACUUCAGACUGAUCUCGGGGAUAGGUUCUCGGGACCGAAGGAAGGCCAAGCCAUUACAAGAGCACCCACGUGCUGACUACUGUACUUCCGGAACCCCUGCCCUCAGGACUGCCCGGUCUUUGCACCUCGAAGUUCGCCUUUUCAUUUCAAGCAUAAGGCAAUAAAUACCUGCAGCAACGUGGGGGAAAGCAGUCGCUAGACCAGGAGGAAAGGCAGUAACAAAGCCAGUUCACCUUGAAGGAAGCACAAUUUCCACCUUACGUUUUUAACUUUGGCAGCCUCGGGAUCUGUCUGUGUUGCUUCAGGGCAUAAGCUGAUCUGGUCGCCAUCUAGUCGGGAAAGUAACCCUACAGGGCUUUAGGGAACACAGCGUAUAUGCCGAUUUGAACCCUCAUAUGUUUUCAAGACUCCAUCCUGAGUCCAGUGGAGUCAGCUGGGUGAAGUAGAUGGUGACAGCCUGGUUUCCCUCCCGCUGUGGGUUCUUCCCUGACUUUGGACUUCGGCAUGAUUCUUACUCAUACUUGAACCGUUCUCGUUGCACCUCUCCUCAAAGCAACUCUUGUGUUAUUUGAAGAGUUCUUUAGACCAUAGACCAAAAAUCACCCCUUUGAGGUGGUGGCAGUAGGUGCCAGGAGAGAAAGGGUACCUACUGCCUGGGUCAGUGGCAUUGAGACGGUCGUCACCCCAGCUUGCUGUCCUUACAUGUGCUUGUUUUGUCUCUGGUGACACAUGUUUUCCUCCCUGCCCCUGGGGGUUGUCUUCAAGCUGUUGACUUCUGGGAUUUGCAGAUUUCUCAAUGUGGUACUACUUCUUUUUUUGUCUGUAGGUUAUUUCUCCAGGGGAAAAGGCAAUAAUUUCCUAAAAUCCAUAUGAAUGUGAAGAAAAGCAGUAUGUUACUGGUUGUUGUUGUCAUUGUUGUUGUAUGUUUUUUUUUAUAGUGCAAAAUAAAAAUAGUAAAAAGAAAAAA